AUGUCCGCAAACACAGCUCACAAGUCAUGGCGGGAUCACCAUUCUGGAAAGUCAUCUCCUGACUCCUACAGGUAUUCGUCCAGUCUGAGUUCCCAAGUUGCGCUCGAUACGCCGAGUACAGAGCCCGCGACCCCGGCAGAGGUCCCUCUCCUUGUCCUGCCGAAACGCCGCAGUCACCAGCAUGCAGCAAAGACCAGCGCGAAACCGGCGCAUAUACGAAAGGCGUCGCGUGAUGAACGGUCCUCGACGUCCAUCGAUCUGUCACGAUCCUCCAUUGAGCUCGAGGGGCUGGGAAUCUACACAAAUCUAGAACGAGACAUGAGGUUUCAACAGAAUCGGCAUAGUGUGUCGAACCUUCACCGAUCAAUCAGUGAAAUCUCACCUUCGCCAAGCAUAAGCAGACUGGGUCAAUCUUAUGUGCAUCCACGACGGCAAUUACCCACACCAAGUAGCCCGCUUGGGAUGCCUCAGCGUCACUCUGUGGAUGGAGGAUACUUUUCGACCGUGAACCGGAGUCUGACGGGAAUCACAAGUCCAACGCUUUCCAUCCCAGACGACGAGCACGAAGAUAAUGAUAGCAAUUCUUUCGAUGAAGCAGACACACCAACCACAACAUCUCUGGAACUAAGACGUUCUACACCAAUAAUACUCCAAAGAGCGCAAACCGACACAGCGCUUAGCAGAGCCUCCUCAUGGAAGGAAUCCGAAUUUCUAUCGUCAGCUGAGUUGACAUCUCAUGCAGCCGCUGUGCGAGCUGCCCGGAUCGCCUUUGCAGAGAAAGAAGCUUCCAAGGCGCGGAAGCUCGAGGAACAGCAGAAGAAGAAGACGCAGGUACGUGAUGAACGUCGACACCAACGAUCAGUCAGCCACAUGGUGAAAACAAGACCGAUUUCUACUGCCGGUGACGAAGAGCGACAUCGGCGCACAAUCAGCGAGGCAUAUAUCCAAACCAACCGCAACGGACACCAACACCCACGAGAGUCCUACAUAGACCUGGAAGAAGACAUGGCCCCGGAUCGAGUUACGUCCAUUCCAUCCCUCGCAGGCAGACCAACGACAACACCAGCAUCUGCCCUGGGCCCGCCGAAACUGCCCGAAGCAACAAAACACAACUGGAACAAAUUCCUUACAUGGGGGAAAACUCGCUACUACAAAGCAAAGAGAAAGGUAUCCGUGCCUGUAUCGACUUUUAGGUGA